AGAUCUGGAGUAAUUGUUUUAAUUUUAUCGCAAAUAUUUACAUUCCAGAUUACCUGAUUAUACGAAAGGUAUAUUCCAAUCAAUUGGUUUCAAGGAGUUCCACAACUAUUUGAUUUUGCCAGAAUCAGAGAAAAGUAGUGAAAAGGGAAAAGCUCUUCUUCGGCAAGGAAUUUCAGACCUCAAAUUGGUAACGAGAAGAUACGCCCGACGACAACAAAAAUGGAUAAUGAAUCGUUUCAUAAAACGGAUUGAUCGACAAGUACCUCCCAUAUAUGAUUUGGAUUGCACCAAUAUUGAGGAAUGGAAUUCUAAAGUCCUAGAAUCAGCUGUUGAAAUUAUAAAUGCCAAGUUAAGAGGUGAUGUACCUACUCAAAAGCCUCUUAAUGGAAGUAGCCUAGAUGAAAAGUUUUCUGAUAGCAGUAACGAAGAAAGUCAUUGGUGUGAGAUUUGUCAAAAAAUAUUAAUUGGAGACUUGCAGUGGAAGUCUCACAAAAACGGUGCCAAACACAAAAAAAUGGAAAUAAAGAAACGGAAAGUUAUGUCUCAUCAUAUCAAUGAAAAUAAAAUUUCUUUUAUAUUUUAAGGCCAUUACUAUUGGUAUAAGUAUCACAUCAUAUUUUUAAUUGUCAGAUGUGUUUUUUUACUCAUUAUUACUGCAUACAAUAAUGGAAUUAAAAUUCUUAAAUAGAUUUAGAUUUGAUUGAACUUUCAAAAACUAUAUUAAUAGCAUUUUAAAAUACAUGUUGAUAACUCGUGUUGAGUUAUUCAAUAAUAGAGAGUUCAGUUGUUAUAACAUCCGUACAUGACGAUUCUUGUACAUUCGAAUUAUUUAAAUAGAGAAGUUGUAUGUUUUGUGAUUAAUCGUUUGUUCAUAGUUGAGUGAAAAGUAUUAAAAGAAAAAAUAAAAAAAAAUAUUUUGAUAA